GGACAGCCUGAGACUGAACGGCCAGCCGAGGCGGGGCUACUUCCGAGUACCCGGAGAAGCCGCGCUCUCGGGUCCGAGGCGGCUGGGCGGAGGCGAGGGAUCAGGUCAGAGGGACAAAGAGCUUUGCAAAGGUCCCCCGAUAUCCUGCGGGCGGGACGAGGUGGCCGGGAGACCAGGGCGACCCCGUGGAUGUUCUGCGCGCCGCCAGGGAGCCACCGCCGCCGCCACGAGAGGAGGAAUGCACCGGCCGCGCCACCGCGGGACGCGCCCGCCACCGCUGGCGCUGCUGGCCGCGCUGCUGCUGGCCGCACGCGGGGCUGCUACCCAAGAAACAGAGCUGUCAGUCACUGCUGAGUUAGCGCCUACCUCAUCCUGGAACAUUUCAAGUGAAAUCGACAAAGAUUCUUACCUAACCCUUGAUGAACCAAUGAAUAACAUCACCACGUCCCUGGGGCAGACUGCUGAGCUGCACUGCAAAGUGUCUGGGAACCCUCCUCCCACUAUCCGCUGGUUCAAGAAUGAUGCUCCUGUGGUCCAGGAACCUCGUAGAAUCUCCUUCCGGGCAACCAACUAUGGCUCUCGGCUACGGAUUAGAAACCUUGACACCACAGACACUGGUUACUUCCAGUGUGUGGCGACAAAUGGCAAGAAAGUGGUUUCUACCACUGGAGUCCUGUUUGUCAAGUUUGGGCCUGCUCCUACCGCAAGUCCGGGAUCCUCAGACGAGUAUGAAGAAGACGGAUUCUGUCAGCCAUACAGAGGCAUUGCGUGUGCACGAUUUAUUGGCAACCGCACUGUGUAUAUGGAGUCUUUGCAUAUGCAGGGGGAAAUAGAAAAUCAGAUCACAGCUGCCUUCACCAUGAUUGGCACCUCCAGCCAUUUAUCUGAUAAAUGUUCUCAGUUCGCCAUCCCUUCCCUGUGCCACUACGCCUUCCCAUACUGUGACGAAACCUCAUCAGUCCCAAAGCCCCGUGACUUGUGCCGUGAUGAAUGUGAAGUCCUGGAAAAUGUCCUGUGUCAGACAGAGUACAUUUUUGCCAGAUCAAAUCCCAUGAUUUUGAUGAGGCUGAAGUUACCAAACUGUGAGGAUCUUCCCCAGCCAGAGAGCCCGGAAGCUGCAAACUGCAUACGGAUUGGCAUCCCCAUGGCGGAUCCUAUAAACAAAAAUCACAAGUGCUACAAUAGCACAGGUGUAGACUACCGGGGAACCGUCAGUGUGACCAAGUCAGGACGCCAGUGCCAGCCAUGGAACUCUCAGUAUCCUCACACACACAGCUUCACGGCCCUGCGAUUUCCAGAGCUCAAUGGAGGCCACUCCUACUGUCGCAACCCUGGCAACCAGAAGGAAGCGCCCUGGUGCUUUACCUUGGAUGAAAACUUUAAGUCUGACCUGUGUGACAUCCCAGCAUGCGAUUCCAAAGAUUCCAAAGAGAAGAAUAAAAUGGAAAUCUUGUACAUUCUGGUGCCGAGUGUGGCCAUUCCACUGGCCAUCGCCUUCCUUUUCUUCUUCAUCUGCGUGUGCCGCAAUAACCAGAAGUCAUCAUCACCGCCAGUCCAGAGGCAACCAAAGCCCGUCAGAGGACAAAAUGUAGAGAUGUCCAUGCUGAAUGCAUACAAACCCAAGAGCAAGGCUAAGGAGUUGCCUCUUUCUGCUGUACGUUUCAUGGAAGAAUUGGGGGAAUGUACCUUUGGGAAGAUCUAUAAAGGCCACCUCUACCUCCCAGGCAUGGACCAUGCACAGUUGGUGGCUAUCAAGACCUUGAAAGACUAUAACAACCCCCAGCAGUGGACAGAAUUUCAACAGGAAGCCUCUCUUAUGGCGGAACUACACCACCCCAAUAUUGUAUGCCUCCUCGGCGCCGUCACCCAGGAACAACCCGUAUGUAUGCUCUUUGAGUAUACGAACCAGGGAGACCUCCAUGAGUUCCUCAUUAUGCGAUCCCCGCAUUCCGAUGUGGGCUGUAGCAGUGAUGAAGACGGGACAGUAAAAUCCAGCCUGGAUCAUGGAGAUUUCUUGCACAUUGCAAUUCAGAUUGCCGCCGGCAUGGAAUACCUGUCUAGUCACUUCUUCGUGCACAAGGACCUUGCGGCUCGCAAUAUUUUAAUUGGAGAGCAACUGCAUGUAAAGAUUUCAGACCUUGGGCUUUCCAGAGAAAUUUACUCUGCCGAUUACUACAGGGUGCAGAGUAAGUCUUCGCUGCCCAUUCGCUGGAUGCCUCCUGAAGCCAUCAUGUAUGGCAAAUUCUCUUCUGAUUCUGAUAUCUGGUCUUUUGGGGUUGUGUUGUGGGAGAUUUUCAGUUUUGGACUCCAGCCGUAUUAUGGGUUCAGUAAUCAGGAAGUGAUCGAGAUGGUACGGAAGCGACAGCUGUUACCGUGUUCUGAAGACUGCCCGCCGCGAAUGUACAGCCUCAUGACCGAGUGCUGGAAUGAGAUUCCUUCCAGGAGACCGCGCUUUAAAGACAUCCAUGUCCGGCUUCGAUCCUGGGAGGGCCUCUCAAGUCACACCAGCUCUACCACUCCCUCAGGUGGAAAUGCCACUACGCAGACCACCUCCCUCAGUGCCAGCCCUGUGAGUAACCUCAGCAAUCCCCGAUUUCCCAAUUACAUGUUCCCAGGCCAGGGAAUUACACCACAGGGCCAGAUUGCUGGUUUCAUUGGCCCAGCGAUACCUCAAAACCAGCGCUUCAUCCCCAUCAAUGGCUACCCAAUACCUCCGGGUUAUGCCGCCUUUCCGGCUGCCCACUACCAGCCUGCAGCGCCUCCCAGGGUGAUUCAACACUGCCCACCACCCAAGAGUCGGUCCCCAAGCAGCGCCAGUGGGUCAACCAGCACUGGCCAUGUGGCCAGCUUGCCCUCAUCAGGAUCCAAUCAGGAAGCAAAUGUUCCGUUGUUACCACACAUGUCAAUUCCAAAUCACCCGGGUGGAAUGGGUAUCACUGUUUUUGGCAACAAAUCUCAAAAACCUUACAAAAUAGACUCAAAGCAACCAUCUUUGCUUGGAGACUCCAACAUUCACGGACACACCGAAUCUAUGAUUUCUGCAGAAGUAUAAAAUGUGUGACUUUUGUAAAUACUCUGUACCGGACAAGCUAAAAAGUGGCAGAAAGAUUUAUAUUCCAAUGCUUUUUUUUUUUUUUUAAUUGAAGGUUCUCAUUUAGUAGACUUUGCAACGAGUAUCUUCCAUGAAGCUGCGCUGUGUCUUACUGGAAAGACACCAGCCAGGAAAAAAUAAUGCAUUGUGGGAUUUACACUCCAUCUCUGUGCGUGAUGUGGUGUUGGGAACAACCAUUUCCAAGUACUGAAAACCAAUGAAGAGAAACAGAACAGUGUAAUUACAUAGUAAACCAAAAAAUGGAAGUCAAAAGGUGCUCUGUGUAUUCACCUUUGGUCAUCGUGGUUGAUCUACCCCCCAAAAUGUAUAUACUGUAGCAUUUGUCUACCUGCUGUCUCUACUUCAGGACAGAUGUUCAGGAACUGUUUGAUUCAACUUAGACUCUAAGCCUGUUUGGAUGGUGUGGUGUUUAGCACCACAGAGGGAACUUGAGGCUACAUUUUAAAUCUUGGAUGGAAAUGAGCCAUACAGACUUGCCGUGUCCACAGAAGUCCUCUCAGUAGCCGGACUUCUCUGGGAUGUGUAGGGUGUUUAUGUGAACCUCCUCUUAUCAUCAUGAAGGCCUUUUCCAGUCCCCUUUCCACAAUGUGUUUACACAGGCCCUAAAAAAUGGUAGAUGUGGAUGCUGGAAAUGGCUGUAUGUUACAGUUCGGGUUAUUGCUUUAGGAAUGGGGCACCCAAGGAGGCAGAGUCAGGAAAAUGGUUCCUCACCCUGGAUCAGUAUCCACCGGAGAGGGCUGUUUCACUGUUCCUUUGGUCAGCCUCUCUAUAGGAGCUUCCCUGGACCAGUCACAGGUGAUGCUAGAGGCAAUCACACUCACUUCCAUGCCUUGCAACCAGUUUACAAGUUGGCCAAGGUCUUGGGAAUGUUUACUGUCAUAGACUGUGAGCAGGAGGAAACCCUGCGAUGAUGCCAGUAGCGAGGAAAUUUAAACUCUCACUCGUCUUCUUGUUUUUUCCUGGAUGUUCACUGAUUAUAUUCUAGCACCAAGGAGUACAACAAUUUAUUCAUAGAGCUAACUGGAAUCCAAAGACAAUACGUCCUAUUU